UUUUACUUCAAUCUGCAUUGAUUGCAUUAUUGUAUGUUUUUUAUAUUUUAAUUAUUAUUCAAUAUACUACAUUCAUUAUGAUCGGUUGUCUCAUUUAAGAAGUCUCUAGGACCCCCAACAUUUCAUGGCGACCCUGCCUUAAGAGUCUGCCAAGGGGCAAAAUAAAGUUUUGUUGUUGUGUGAAGAAUCCAAAAUGUGUCGCUCUACAGUCGAGAAAGAAGAGGUUUUCCUAAACCAGAAUGCGGCAGGUGGAAACAAUGACGCCCUGCUAAAGGACAUCGGAGGACACUUGGAGCGAAUGAGCAUCAUUACCAUCAUCAUCCUCGUCGCAAUUUCUGUCUUGGUAAUAUACUUUCUUUUAAAAUACUACCGAAGCUGCCAUCGCCAUUGGAUAAAUGAAGAAAUCGGUCUAAGCGCCAUACAACGCAUAAGGGCAUCCGUGCGAGGACGGGUAAUGUCUGACGGAACAUCUGCUAACUGACCAGCCAACAUUUUAACAUCAACUAGUACCUAUUUAAUUCGGCAAUUAAUUGUGAAUAUCAGUGAUGAAAAUUAUAUGUUUUAGCAUAAAAACUUAAAAGACAUAAAACAGUGCACAAAGUCUCAGUGAAUAUGAUACCUAGCAAGUAAACUGCAACGUGUGAAAUAUUUCUGUGCCGUUUCGCAAUAAUUAUGGUUAUUUGAUUCUUUUGUUUUUAACAUGAAGUAAUUGACUAAUGUUUUGAUAAUUUUAAGUGAUGUUUAAUUUAGAUUAUGACUGAUGUUUUAAUAGAGAAAUAUGAGGCUCUGGUAGAUAUUAGAAAAUACUUAAUUAAGAAGGGACAGGCUAGAUAUAAGGGUACUGUUAUUAAGACAAAGUUAGAUGAAGCGAACUAUAUCUUUGAGGAAUGUACGAAAAUUUUGUUACUGUUAGAUAAGGGUAAAGAUAAGAAGUUAGUACCCGCGGCAUUAGAUAUUUUUCAGAAUAUUAAGAAUAUUUUUGAGGAAAUAAAUAGUUUGUGUAUUUUCCCAAAAAAUAAAUCUGUAAAAAUGGAAUUUGAUUUAAAAGUGGCUUGUAAUUUGCUUCCGGCAAUGGACGGUAUUGAGGCGACAACCAAACGUUUGAUAGACUCGUUGGAGAUGUAUGCGGAUAUGUUGGAUGAGAAAGGUAAGACCCUACUUGUAACAUUUGUUCUUAAAAGUAGAUUAUCAGAAAAUGCGAAAUUACGAAUUACAGGUAAUUAUAAGAGCAUUGAGGAGUUAAUUAAAGAUAUGAGAUGCCAUUUACUGACAAAAAAAUCGUUUAUGGCUAUACAGACAAAGCUACUACAUUUACAACAAGGUUCGACUUCUAUUGAAGAGUAUGGUACCGAAAUAGAAAGAUUGUUUACUGAACUCACUCUAUCACAAUCGGAAGGUAAUUCAGACACAGCUGGGAUUUUAAAACCUUUAAAUGAAAAGCUUGCCAUUAAACAAUUUUCAGAAGGACUACGCAGUUCAAAGUUGAGUACAAUCAUCUCCGCUCGCAACUAUAGCAGCCUAAAAGAUGCCAUCCAAGCUGCGAAAGAAGAAGAUACUACAUCCCAGUCACUGUCAGCCAGUGCAACAGCUACGGCGGCGGCGCGUAACUAGUUCGGCGCGGUGCGCCCGUGAUUGACGAGGUAGGCGUGAGGGAGAACGGUGCGGAUAAGGAACUAAGGAAUAGAGAUUAUGCUGCCAACCAAUAAUUGCGUUUCAAUAUUGCUAAAAAUGUGAAGUCACUAUGGCGGAACUCAGCCCCGGAUCUUUAAUUUUUUGGAGACGAGGCAAAAUCUGGAAAAUGCAUUGCAAAAAAUUUUUUUGCUGUGCCUUUAUUUUCUGCCGUUUCUGUGUUCCUUAGCUCUCUGUAUAAUUUAAAAUAUCUUAUCUAAGUUCAUUUUUUUAUCUAUGCU